GUCCCCAGUAUUAUGGAAACCAGCCAAAUCUGAGUAUUAUGAUGCAGUAUCCAUCUUCAACACUUGCUAAUCCAGUUCUGCCAGGAUCACCAGUUGGGGGAACUACUCUUCUGUAGGGAGAAAUGAAAUGAGAUAUCCAUCUGGUACCAGCAGAUAUACUGGUCUGUAUUCUGGAUGGCAGGGACAGAGGGGAUUUGAGAGUUUUAGUGAUCCCAAAAUAUGUAAUUUUCUUGAGGAGUUGAAGUCUGGAAAAGGCCGAAGGUUUGAGUUAUCUGAUAUUGCAGGACAUAUUGUUGAAUUCAGUGCUGAUCAACAUGGAAGCCGAUUUAUUCAGCAGAAGUUGGAAAUUUGUAGUUUUGAAGAGAAGGAAUCUGUAUUUAAGGAAGUUCUUCCACAUGCCUCCAAAUUAAUGACUGAUGUUUUUGGUAACUAUGUUAUUCAGAAGUUUUUCGAAUAUGGAAGCUCAGAACAGAGAAAGGAACUUGCAAAUCAGCUUACUGGUCAAAUAUUGACUUUAAGUUUACAGAUGUAUGGUUGUCGUGUGAUCCAGAAGGUAAGUUCUUGUGCCUCAUAUAUGUUGUCUUUCAAACCAGAUAGGUAUAACUAUUUAUGAGUUUCACUUCAUCUCUUGUUUAUCUCUAUGUUUACUGCAUUCUGUCUUCUUCACUAUUCUGCAUGAUUUUUUCUUUAUUAUAUGUUAAAUAAACUUUGAUAAAAAAAUAUUCAGAAUAUUCUACCCUAAUUUUUCUUUUACAUAAAGAUUUAUAUUAAAAUUGUCUACUUGUGGGUUCAAUUAUUGUUGGUUUGGUCUCCCUAUUUACUUUUCUAGUAUGU